AAAUUUUCCUACCAAACAGCUUCUUCCCAACUUCUCUCUCUCUACACCCCCACAAAAAUCCCUCUUUAAUUUCCUUUCCAUUUUCUGGGUUUUUCGUGGAAGCCCUUUUCCGUUUUGUGGAGGAAUAAGCGGGGUUUAUUGCGGAUUGUGCAGUGAUUUUGGAAAAUUCUGAUUUUAUAUCUUGAUUACGUUUUGUAUUUGGUAAAUUUGUGAUUUUUUGGGCUGCGUUGAUUUUUGGGGGUUUGAUUUGAUUGGAUUGAUCGGAAGGUGGGUAGGUUGGGAAGACGCAUGAGCGGGUCGGUGAAGCUGGAUAUUUCUUCGAAUUCCAACCAUUUUAUCACUUUCAUUCUCCAUUUCUCGGAAACGAAUACUUUUUUGCUGUUCCUCCUGUUGUGGAGAUUAACCGAGCUGUUUUUGAGAUUAAGGUCGAUUGAUUUUAAUUUUAGUAAUUGUUUGUAUUCUACCGAACGAAACUUCCGAUCUUUGCUGAAUUAUGGAGUCAAGGAACAACAAGAGUAAUCGCCAGUUGCGUACAGCUCCUUGCUAUUCAAACUUCGAGAGAGGAUCAACAGCCUCACCAUCUGUCAUCGUUAUAGGUGCUGGUUUUGCUGGCAUAACAGCUGCAAGAGUCCUUCAUGAUGCCUCAUUUCAGGUUAUGUUGUUAGAAUCAAGGGAUAGAAUUGGUGGUCGAGUGCAUACUGAUUAUUCCUUUGGCUUCCCUGUUGACUUGGGUGCAUCAUGGUUACAUGGUGUGUCCAACCAGAAUCCAUUGGCUACGGUUAUUGGAAGACUGGGGCUACCGCUUUAUCGCACUAGUGGGGACAACUCAGUUUUGUAUGACCAUGAUUUAGAAAGUUAUGCUCUUUUUGAUAUGGAUGGAAAUCAAGUUCCUCAAGAAUUAGUCUCAAAGGUUGGUGAAACAUUUGAGAGCAUCUUGAAAGAGACGGAACUUGUAAGACAGGAAUCCAGCGAGGAUAUGUCUAUCCAACGGGCCAUCUCAAUUGUUUUUGAGAGGAGACCAGAUUUGAGGUUGGAGGGACUUGAUCAUAAGGUGUUGCAAUGGUACCUAUGCAGAAUGGAAGGCUGGUUUGCUGCAGAUGCUGAUACUAUAUCGCUUAAAGGCUGGGACCAGGAAGAGUUGCUUCCUGGUGGGCAUGGGGUUAUGGUCCGGGGAUAUGUUCCCGUAAUCAAUAGUCUUGCGAAGGGUCUUGACAUUCGCUUGAGCCAUAGAGUGACCAAAGUAGUGAGACGUUAUAAUGGAGUAAAGGUGACAGUAGAAGAUGGGAGAACAUUUAUAGCGGAUGCUGCAGUUAUUGCUGUUCCUCUUGGCGUUCUGAAAUCAAAUAGCAUCAAGUUUGAGCCAAGGUUACCUGAAUGGAAGGAAGAAGCAAUUAAUGACCUUGGAGUUGGGAUCGAGAACAAGAUAAUUUUGCACUUCGAGAAGGUCUUUUGGCCAAACGUGGAAUUCUUGGGGGUGGUUGCUGAUACAUCUUAUGGCUGCAGUUAUUUUCUUAAUUUGCACAAGGCCACAGGUCAUUCAGUCCUUGUUUACAUGCCUGCUGGCCAGCUGGCUCGUGACAUUGAGAAAAUGUCUGAUGAGGCUGCUGUCAAUUUUGCUUUUACACAAGUUAAAAGGAUCCUUCCAAAUGCUUUGGAACCGAUCGGAUACCUUGUUUCACAUUGGGGCACUGACAUAAACUCAUUGGGCUCUUAUAGCUAUGAUACAGUUGGGAAAUCUCAUGAUCUCUAUGAGAGGCUGAGAAUCCCUGUGGAUAACCUAUUUUUUGCGGGAGAAGCCACAAGUAUAAAUUAUCCUGGCUCCGUUCAUGGUGCAUACUCGACUGGCUUAAUGGCUGCUGAGGACUGCAGGAUGCGUGUCUUAGAACGGUAUGGAGCGCUGGAUCUCUUCCAGCCAGUCAUGGGCGAGGAGCUUCCAGUAUCAGCCCCGCUAUUGAUCUCUCGUAUGUAACUUCUAGGCUUCAACUUACUUUUAGAUGAUAUUCUUGCGAGUUUGCUGACACUGCGGAGCUGCUUGCUCUGUGAGCAAUCAUGGAAAUCAAAAGAUUUCCCGAUUGAAUGAUCAGAGCAUCAGUUCAUGUAGUCUAGCUAGAUGCGUUGUCUUAUGACUAAGAACAUAUUAUGUAUAUAUUGGUAUGAUGAUCUAGUUAUGUAAGCGGGUUGUAAUUCUCGCAAAGGACAUCUGUUUGUGUGCAUGUUUGCCAAUAAAUGAGUUGCAGACUCUGUUGCUUCA